AGUUUUUCUUGGGCACAAUUUGGAAGGAAAAGAGUUUUCUGUCAUGGCAUUUCGUAGAGCAUUUUCAUCUUCCUCUCAAUUCCACAAAAACCUCAAUCUCAACCCCAAAGACACCACUCUCUCUCACCAUUCCGAACACCGCAGAUUCGAAGAAAUCAUUGAACUUUUCUGUCAACAAAACCGCCUCAAAGAAGCCGUUGAUUACCUCCACCGCAUCCCCCAACCCUCACCUCGUCUCUACUCCACUCUCAUAGCCGCUUGUCUCCGUCACCGAAAACUUGAACUCGGAAAAAGGGUCCAUGCCCACACCAAGGCUUCUAACUUUAUCCCUGGCAUUGUCAUUUCCAAUCGUUUGAUUCAUAUGUAUGCCAAAUGUGGUAGUUUGGUUGAUGCCCAGAUGCUGUUUGAUGAAAUUCCUCAAAAGGAUUUGUGUUCUUGGAAUACUAUGAUAUCGGGUUAUGCUAAUGUGGGGAGGAUUGAACAAGCUAGGAAACUGUUUGAUGAAAUGCCGCAUAGAGAUAAUUUUUCUUGGAAUGCUGUUAUAUCGGGUUAUGUUAGUCAGGGUUGGUAUAUGGAAGCUUUGGAUUUGUUUAGAAUGAUGCAGGAGAAUGAGAGUUCUAAUUGUAAUAUGUUUACGUUAUCGAGUGCUUUGGCGGCGGCUGCUGCUAUAUCGAGUUUGCGUCGUGGUAAGGAAAUUCAUGGGUACUUGAUAAGGAGUGGGUUGGAGUUGGAUGAGGUGGUUUGGACUGCUCUUUUGGAUUUGUAUGGAAAAUGUGGGAGUUUAAAUGAAGCUAGGGGUAUUUUUGAUCAGAUGGCUGAUAAAGAUAUUGUUUCGUGGACUACUAUGAUUCAUAGAUGCUUUGAAGAUGGAAGAAAGAAAGAGGGAUUUUCUUUGUUUAGAGAUUUGAUGGGGUCGGGUGUUAGACCAAAUGAGUAUACAUUUGCUGGUGUUUUGAAUGCAUGUGCUGAUCUUGCGGCUGAACAAAUGGGAAAGGAGGUUCACGGGUACAUGACACGAGUAGGGUAUGACCCAUUUUCGUUUGCUGCGAGUGCUCUUGUCCAUGUGUACUCGAAGUGUGGGAACACUGAAACUGCAAGAAGGGUGUUCAACCAGAUGCCUCGCCCAGAUUUGGUGUCAUGGACUUCUCUAAUUGUUGGGUAUGCUCAGAAUGGUCAACCCGACAUGGCUCUUCAGUUUUUUGAAUCACUACUUCGAUCGGGUACAAAGCCUGAUGAAAUUACAUUUGUUGGGGUUCUUUCUGCAUGCACUCAUGCUGGAUUAGUAGAUAUAGGGUUGGAGUAUUUCCAUUCAGUGAAGGAGAAGCAUGGAUUGGUGCAUACUGCAGAUCAUUAUGCAUGUGUUAUUGAUUUAUUGGCACGAUCUGGACGAUUCAAAGAGGCAGAGAAUAUUAUUGAUAACAUGCCCAUGAAGCCUGAUAAAUUUCUCUGGGCAUCCUUACUUGGAGGAUGUAGAAUUCAUGGGAACAUUGAACUAGCUGAAAGAGCAGCAAAAGCAUUAUUUGAGUUAGAACCAGAGAAUCCAGCUACCUAUAUCACCCUGUCUAAUAUAUAUGCUAAUGCUGGUCUGUGGACUGAGGAAACCAAGGUUAGAAACGAUAUGGACAAUAGAGGAAUAGUAAAGAAGCCAGGUAAGAGCUGGAUUGAGAUUAAAAGACAAGUGCAUGUUUUCUUAGUAGGAGAUACAUCGCACCCCAAAAUAAGUGAUAUACAUGAAUACUUAGGAGAACUCUCGAAGAAAAUGAAGGAAGAAGGCUAUGUUGCAGACACAAACUUUGUGCUACAUGAUGUGGAAGAGGAGCAGAAAGAGCAAAACAUUUUUUACCACAGUGAGAAGCUUGCUGUUGCCUUCGGAAUAAUUUCAACUUCACCAGGAACUCCAAUCAAGCCUGAAAAUGGAGAUGAUCCAGCAAAGCAGUCAAAGAAAAAAGGAGAACCAGAAACAAAAGGAGAACAAACCCGCAAAAAGACUGGGAAGUCUAAUGUUACUGUGCUGGAUGCAUAAACACCAACACCCUCAAACUUCUCGGUGCAUGACAUACUCAAUAGUUGGAUGGUGAAUAAAUUUAAGAGCUACUACUGUCAAGAGGCCGAUGCUUGGCCACUGUGGUGGCGUUGGAUUGCUUAUGGAUGGAUCAGAUGAGAAGAUUUUCUACAACUCUAGUACAACUGUUGGAGUGUUACUCCUUAAGAUCAGUCAUCGAAGGGCUGCUAUUUCGCAGUCCAAUGAAGAUUUGUCUUUACCCCUCUCCUAAUGCUGGUUUCCUUAGACUGUAGACUGUGUUGUGAUUACUCAUGGGGCUAAAGCGGUUUGUGGGAGUUUAGUUUGCAGUCAUAAUAGAAAUUUUUCGGUUUGGUUAUGUGAAUUCUCGUGGUGCUUGUACCCUCGCAAUGGCUGAGUUAUGGGCUAUGCUUAAGAGGCUGAAGUUAGCUUUUGUGCGUCGUUAUCACACAAUUGAUUAAGAGGAAUAUAUGAACCUGGAGACGUUGAAUCAACGUGUGAAAGCUCUCUAUUGGAUUCUUUCCCUUCUACUAUUGUUCGUUCAUUAACAAAUAGCUAGUACACUUGUAAACUUUCCU